AUGCUAUCCUUGAAUGCUAUUCUCAAUGAUUUCGAUGAACUACUGUAGAAGCAAUAACCAUAGGAUAACAGCAUGGAAGAAUGCAAAACUAUCGAUCGUUGGGCUCGCUACACAUAGUCGAGUAAACGAUCAUUAAUGACAAGAAGAUUUUCUUAAAUAGAAGAUAACAAACAGCAAACUGAGAAUAUCAAAGUGCAGUCGCAAUUGUUCACUUAAGAGGAUCUGAAUGAAGUAAAGGCGAGAAUACGAUUUGAGUAAAAGACCAAGGAAAUUGAGAAGAAUGCCAAAUUGAAGUCUAGCCAUAAAGCACUUGAAAUAGUCAACAUUCAUCAGAUUAAGGCUGAAGUAAGAUAGUAAUUGGGGUCGAAGAAGAAGAAAGGUUCACCCGUUAGAGUAGUAAAAAGCAGUUUGCAAAAGGAGAAUAAGGGAGGCAAAUCUAAGUGUUAAUAAUGUAUACAAUUAUUAUCUAUGGGGUUGCCUACUAAACAUUGCAUUAAUCACUGA